AUGGACUCCCAUGCUGGCCAGACUCUCGACUUUGCCGGCAGCAUCCUCGACGACGACGACAACGACGACGACAUAUACAACAACCGUAGCAGCGCGACCAGUGUGAACGAAUUUCGGCACGAUACAAAUCCGGUGGGACGCGACGACAGCAGAGUCGGCGGCGGUGACGAGCUGCGGCCGGUGAUGGCCCACAGCCGUGCCUAUUCCGCGGCAGGCGAUGCUGGACAAGGUGGCGUCGGCAUUGGCGUUGGGGUGGGCAGCAAUGGCGGAGGCGGCGGGACCGUCCGCCGCAUUCUGCGCUUCUUUGUGCGGACGCUGAGCCGCGGCGGGCAUGCGAGCUACCGGGAGCUGUCCAUGCGGUCGAUGCCCGGUGUUGUUGUCGACGGCAGCGAGCCGUUGACGCCCAUGGUGGACGAGUUUGGCUUUGGCGAUGCGGACGUUGACGCGGACGUUGAUGCGGACGAGGUGGCCACGUCCUGCAUGGCCUCGCUGCGCCAGAUGCUGCUGUCGUCGUGGCUCAACACGCUGCUCGUGUUCGUGCCCAUUGGCAUCGUCACCUACCUGACGCACACGAGCCCCAUUGCCAUCUUCGCCACCAACGCCAUUGCCGUGAUCCCGCUGUCGUCGCUGCUGACGGCCGCGACCGAGCGCGUCGCCAGCGACGCCGGCGACACCGUGGGCGCGCUGCUCAACAUCAGCCUGGGCAACCUGGUCGAGCUGAUCCUCUUUAUCGUGGCGCUCGUCAACAACCAGGUCCGUGUCGUGCAGGCGUCGAUCCUGGGCUCCAUCCUGGUCAACUCGCUGCUGAUCCUGGGCACGGCACUGCUGGCCACGGGCCUGACGGACAACGAGCCCGUGUACAACACGGCCGAGACGCAGCUGCUGAGCUGUCUGCUGUUUGCGUCCGUGUUUGUGUUUCUGAUGCCGACCGCCUUUGGCUACACCUUUGACAAAUCCAAGCACGUGUCCAAGGCCACGCUGCAGAUGAGCCGCGUGUCCUCGCUCAUGGUGCUGCUCAUUUACCUGCUGUACUUUGUGCACGAGCUGCGGGCCCGGCCCAUUGCGGCGGGCCAUGCGAACGGUGCCGGCAGUGGCAGUGGCAGUGGCAGUACGAGCGACGACGACAGCGAGCGUGGCCUGUCGACACCGACGACGCCAACGACGCCAACAGCAGCAUCAACCGCCACACCAACAACAGCAUCGGCACGACCUGUCGUGCUCGUGUCGUCAUCGAGCACGUCCACACCCGAGUGCCAACAGGUGGCCUCCGCGUCCGGUGUUGUCAUCAACAGUGCCGCUGUACCCCAGCCGCGCUCCGUCCGCUUUGCCGAUGCUGUGUCUUCGACCCAUCCUGUAAAACCAACGUUGUCGUCAUCCUCGUCGUCCUUGUCCUCGUCGUCAAACGGCAUCGAGAUGCACCGCAUGGACGACUUUGACAUGAAUAGCAACACCAUCCCCUCGCGGCCGUACCCGCACGCACACACCCGCAUGCACUCGCAUUCACACUCACGCUCCAUCUCCGUUGACUCCAUACGAGCCGGCGUACGCCGCAGUCGUGCGUCGUCCUUAUCGGGCGGUGCAGGCGGUGUUGGCGUCGGCGGCGGGAUGUCGUCGUCCGGCGGGCCGGGCAGCGGCUUUACGGCCAUCUCCGGACCCGGCCUGAUGCGAUCGGGCAUCACGGCCCUCCAGAUCAUGCGCGACAACCAGCAGCAGGCACAGGCACAGCAAGCCAGUCGCGUCAGCCUCGAGAGCAGCGGCAGUGCGGCGGACCGUGCCAGCCUCCUGCGCGACGGCGGCGCCCCGUCCUACCACCACGGCGACCUGCACCCGCCCGCCCAGCGCCGCCGCGGCGAGUUCAUAAUGGCCGUCAUUGUGCUGAUCGUCGCGUCGGCGCUCAUGUCCGUCAACGCCCAGUUCCUGGUCGACACCAUUGACGACGUCACCCACCAAGGCCACUUGUCGGAGUCGGUCAUUGGCCUCAUCAUCCUGCCCAUUGUCGGCAACAUUGCCGAGUACGUCACGGUCGUGUCGGUGGCCCUGCGCGACAAGCUGGACCUGGCCAUUUCCGUCGCCAUUGGCUCCUCCAUCCAGAUCGCGCUGUGCGUCACGCCGCUGACGGUCGGCGCCGGCUGGAUCCUGAACCGCAACCUGUCGCUCACGUUCACCUUCUUUGAGAUGGCGGCGCUGGUCGGCACGGCGCUGCUGGUGGGCCUGCUGGUGUCGAGCGACGGCGACCGCAAGCUGCGGACGUGUGGUCUCAAGGGCGCGCUGAUGUGCGCCUGUUAUGUGAUUAUCGGGUGA